CAUCUGAUCAUUCUACAACCCUAAUGAUUGAAGACAUUGUUGACUUAAUGACUGAAAAAAAUUCUAGACCUUCUGUAAAGACAGCUCAAGCUAUUACUUCUGCUAAUUUGGAUUAUGAUCUUCAUGAUAUAUUAAAUUGUUUUUUAGAACAAAAAAAUCAAGAGAAUAAUAAUCAUAUAUUAGCUGCUACGGCGUAUAUUAUAUCUGAUAUGCUACGAUAUACAUCACCUGCUACUGCAUAUGUCACCUGCUAUAGCAUAUGUUACCUACUAUG